CCCAAAUGCAGUGUCUGUCUCGUCAAGUUCCCACUUGCCAUCCCUCUACCGCAAGUCAGUCAUCAGGAUGAUCACCAAGGUCCUCGUUGCCCUUGGCGGAACGCUUGGUGCCUUCGGGCUGUACGAGCUGCUGAAGCUGGUGUACCAGGAGUUCAAUUCACCCAUCAAGCAUCUCCCAGGACCCAAACCGACGCAUUGGUUCUACGGAAACAUGAGGGAUAUCUUCAGAGCGGAGGCUUCUGUGCUACACGAGCAGUGGGUGCAGGAAUACGGGCCGACGAUCAAGUACAAAGGGUUGUUCGGAAUGAGCCGGCUGUACACCGUGGAUGUCAAGGCUCUCAACCACUUCCUCACGAACAGCUAUAUCUAUCAGAAACCCAAGCAGUCCCGUUUCGCCCUUGAAAUGGUGGUCGGACCGGGUGUACUGGUGCAAGAACAGGACGAGCACAGGAGACAGCGCAAGAUCAUGAAUCCAGCUUUCGGACCACCUCAGGUCCGCGAGUUGACGAGUAUCUUUGUCAACAAGUCAUUGGAGUUGCGAGACGUUUGGGCAAAGCAAGCGAAUGCAGACCCUGUGGAACUGGACGUGAUACCCUGGUUGAACAAAGUGACCUUGGAUAUAAUCGGAUUGGCUGGCUUCAAUUACGAUUUCAACUCUGUCGCAUCGGACGAAGAGACAGAGCUCGCGGCUGCUUUCAAGACGAUGUUCGCAGCUGCCACGAGAAUCAGGCUUGUUGGUAUCCUGCAAGCUGUUCACCCAAUUUUCCGUCAUCUUACCGACGAAACAGGCAGGGCUAUGAAGAGGGCCCAGGCUACCAUGAAUAAGAUCGGAGAAAAGCUGUUGCAGGAUGCUAAGAAGGAGAUCGCGGACAGUGGGACUUACGAGAAGGGGACGCAGUCUAGGGAUCUUUUCUCACUCCUCGUUCGGGCUAACACAGCGAAGGACAUUCCCGCCAACCAGCGCUUGGAUGAUCUGGAUGUUUUGGCUCAGGUCCCCACCUUCUUGGUUGCCGGCCACGAAACGACGAGCACGGCUACGACAUGGGCAUUGUUCGCUUUGACGCAGAGCCCCGCAACUCAGACUCGGCUGCGCGAAGAGCUGUUGAGCGUGUCGACAGACAAUCCUACCAUGGAUGAAUUGAACGCCCUUCCGUAUCUGGAAUGCGUCGUUCGCGAGACAUUGCGCGUGCAUUGUCCCGUGGCUGCCACCGUCCGCGAAGCGGUCCAAGACGAUGUGGUCCCGCUGGCUGUGCCGUUCACUGAUGUCAAUGGCGCGGUACACGACACACUACAAGUGAAGAAAGGACAGACCAUCUUGAUACCCAUUCUGGCACUCAACCGCGACAAAGCCAUUUGGGGCGAAGAUGCUACGGAAUUUAUCGCUGAACGGUGGGAAUCUGGCAACAUAUCCAACUCGAUCCCCGGAGUUUGGGGACAUAUGAUGACGUUCCUCGGCGGUCCGAGAGCGUGUAUUGGCUAUCGGUUCUCUCUCGUCGAGAUGAAAGCGCUUCUUUUCACGCUGGUCCGCGCCUUCGAGUUCGAGUUGGCCGUGCCGAUCGAGGACAUCGGGAAGAAGUCAACUAUCGUUCAACGGCCUAUCUUGAAGAGCGAUCCUAAAGCUAAGCACCAGCUCCCGUUGAUCGUCAAGCCUCAUUCCGACGUUGUCAAUCAGGCACAAAGGAAAGCACACGAUCCCCCAUCCUCAUCGUUCAACUCAUCGACUGCCAUUGUGUGCGUUGCGGGCCAAUGUCUGCAAGGCACCUCGAAUACAUCCCUCGGGGUAUCUGUUUCCGCAUCAGAGGUGAACCAAAGUGUCAUUCUACUACCGGGCCAAUACACCGCGACGACGAACCCUCAACUCGUUCACGAUCUUCUCACUUCGCCUCACGCCUCGUUAAUACCGACGCCCGGCUUCGGCCUCAACUCGACGUCCUCACUCUCUCUUCCGCUGAACGUGGCGGUCUCGCCUGGCUUAUCCAUCUACUCCGACUCUCUCUAUUCUGGUAAAGCCGCCUUCAGCGUACUGCCCUCCGCCCCCGUCGGCAAUGUGUCCGUCCCACUCGCCGCGCAGUCGCUUGCCAUGUCUUCGAGCGUCUGGGCCGCUGUCUCGCUCGGCUCCAACGGACGCGUCGUGUUCUGGGACUCCAUCCCCGACACGGCCCAGCUCCCCAUCACCUCCACCUCGUCUAUGGCACUGCUCGACAUGCAGUCCUCGACCUGCUCCACGCCAUGCGCCAGCUCGGGCACCUGCUCGUCGUCGGGCACCUGUGUCUGCGCGCCCGGAUUCAACGGCACGUCCUGCGAGACCUGCGCUCCUGGAUUCUUCGGGCCCACGUGUCAAGCCUGUCCCGCAGGAUGCGCGGUGUGCGAUCAGGGCAUUACGGGGUCGGGACGGUGUCUCUCGCCGCCGUUCAAGAGUCCCCUGACGACGUGCAACUGCUUAAAUGGGGAGUGUGCCUCGGAUGGCACGUGUGCGUGUAACCCGGGGUGGGCAACCGCCUCCAACGGCACAGCUUGCGCGAAGUGUGCGCCUGGGUUUUUCGCCACGUCUAAUGGGGACUGUAAAGUCUGCCAGCUGGGAUGCACAACUUGUGCCGAUGGAACCGGGAACUGCAUCACCUGUGGAUCAAAGUACACCCAAGACCAGAACGACGCGACGAAGUGUACGACGCUCCCGAGCACCGCCAACGGCGUCACCUGCCCCGACGGCAGUUUCGGGAACGGGGCAACCUGCUCCGCCUGUUCCGCCUCUUGCGCGACUUGCACCGGCCCUACAUCCAACGAUUGCACGACCUGUACCUCUUCGCAUUACUUGACGAACAACGGCAGCUGCGUGACAGCUAGCAACACUGGAGUCUGCGAGGGCUCUAAUCUCAUUGCGGAUAAUAACAAGGGCGAAUGUGACACUUGCGGUGCCAAAUGCACGACCUGCGAGAUCAGCACUUUCAAUGUCGCUUCCACGUGGAGGCUCGUUCUCUCAAUGUCUGUCUUGUCCCUCAGACCGACCCGUGCUGAGCAACGGCCGAUGCCUUCCCACGUGCAACAAGAACCAGUUCUUCGAAACGUCUUCGAGUUCGUCUCAAGCCAAGUGUUGCGGGCCGGGACAUGUGUGUCUGCUGCUUGCACGAACUCGACGAGCGUCAUCCCUGGGCUCGGCUUGUGUUUGUCUGAUUUGGUGGUUGUGACCGAAGUUGCUGCCAAAAACACGACAAUCUCCCAGCCGACCAAGCCGACAACACCUACCCCACCUCCCGCCAAUACGACGACGGUUGUCAAACGGCCGCUUGCUUGGUGGGAGAUCCUGCUGAUGGCCUUGGGGUGUGCGUUCAUCUUCGUGCUCGUGAUGAUGUGCUUCCGCCGCCGGGCCCGCAACCGCCGUGCGAAGCGGACGGCCGCCUUUGCGACCUCCAAGAAACUGAAUCCCGCCACGAACUGGCGAUGGCGCCUGCUACGGUUUGGCGAAAAGCUGUUUGGGCACCGAGCCAGUCGGCGGGCGGUAGUUCCUCAGGCGGUGGCGCCGGAGUUCGAGAGCGAGGCCAUCAAGCUGAUGAAGAUUCGCAAUGCCGAGGAGGCGAGGCACCACAUGGAGAUGGAGAAGCUGGAGCUGUUCGGCGCAUACGAAUAUUCUCGCGCUGGAUCGUUGCACUCGCGGGUUGGAUCUAUUCAUUCGCGGUCGAGCACCACACCGUCUGUUCUCCCCCCGUUGAACGGUGGCAAGCGGAUCGCUCCGGACAACAUGACCCGUUCCUCGAUCUACUCGCAAGUGACCGGUAUCCCCCGAAACGCUCCGGAGCCGAGACAGCCCAUAAACAAGCUGGACCGGUAUCCCAGCAGUGCUGGAUCGUACAUGUUCCGCUCGGAGGACGCGCGAUUGGUCGAUGUCGAUCCGCCUUCCGGACGGCUUACGCCCGCUCAGGCCUACGCCGACAACUUUCGCCGGCCAUCGCCCCCGCCGAGUAGUCGGGGCGGAUACUGGCUCGAGCCAGUCAAGACGGGGACGUCCUCGAACAAUAACCCGUUCAGACGCUGA